CCCCCCGGCGUGGCUCAGUUUCCGGGCGAGAGUCGCGCAGUCCGCCAGCGCCGCGCCGCGACUCCGUCACACGUUAGAUAGUCAAUUUGAUCAUCACCAUGCUGAUAGGGCUCGUUCGGGAUUCGGUGAUGCAGUGCUUCUGCCACUCAUGCCGCGCACCCGUUCUGCCUGCAGCUCACCGAAGGUCGGCGCCCGCCAAGAAACCAGUAGGCAAACCGAGGACCAAGCAACCGAAGAAGGUCAAGUUCAUAACCACCGAGAUCCGCUGCCAAGAGAUGUCGAAGGGAGGUCUGGCGUACGAGGUGAUCCUGGCCGAGCCAGUGGGAGUGCCCGUGCCUCGCCGCGCUGACUCCCCUGAGAAGACGCCCUCCGUUGAGGAGAUCCAGGAGAAGUUGAAGGCGGCUGAGGAGAGGAGACGUAGUCUGGAAGCCAGCAAGAUGGCCGCCAUCGCACAGAAGAUGCAAAAGAUUGAAGAGGCGUCUCGCAUCCGCAGCGAACAGACGAACAACUUCAUUGUCAACACCAAGGAGGCUCUGGACGCCAAGAUGGAGACGCACGAGGAGAAACGCGAGGCCUACAUCAACGAGCUGCGUGCGCGUCUCAAGGACCACUUGGAAGGUGUUGAGAAGACCAGGCUGACCUUGGAACAGCAGACGAUGGAAGUGUACAAGGCCAUCGAGGAGAAGAUGAACACCGCCGCCGAUAAGCGCGACGAGAACAUCAAGAAGAUGCUUGAACGUCUGCGCGAACAUGAAGAGCAAGUCCGCAAAGUCCGCGCUGGCAACCACGAACGCUUCCAGCAAUUGGAGAGCGCCAUCCAGGAGAAGCUGCAGCAGGCCGCCGACCGCCGCCUGCUGCUCGAGGCCGAGCAGAAGGAGAAGCUGCGCAACCACAAUCUUAAGCUAGCUGAGGUGCGCUCGGCCGCCACGGCUAAGGUGGAAGAAAUAACCAAAGACAUUGAGAACAAACUCACCACCGCCGAACAGAACAGAGAGAAGGAAAUGCAGAAAAAGUUGGAUUUCGUCAAAAAGGAGGAGAGGCGCGCGGAGCUGGUGCGACAGAACAAGAGCGCGCGCGUCGAGAGCGCCGCCGCCGUCACCUCCGGCUAGGCAGCUAACACAUCCCACCACUUCUGUUAUACCUCCGUUACUGAACGACCGGACGUAGGAAACCAGUCUAACUAACACCCUGGGCCCAAUCUCACUAACAAUAUAAACGCCAGCUUACCUUAAAACAAUUGUAUACUGUGAACUUUCAAAGUGAACUGUUGUUUUAAGAAAGGGGACGUUUACGUUGUCGGUGACUACGGGCCUCUACGGUCUUCACUGAUAAUAUAAACGACAGUUUUCCUAAAAUAACUAUAUACUUUGAAAAUGCAGAGUAUACAGUUGUUUUAUGAACAACGAACAUUUGUGUUGUCAAUGAGAAAUGGGUUGUAUUAAGGUUAGACUGGUUUCCCGAGUCCCAGAUGGUUGAAAAGCCAUCAGAAAUUACUAACAUUUCCUAAAGUUAAGUUGGCUUCGGUGGAACAUCUUAUCGAUAUUUGUAAUAGCAGUGCUGACAACUUUUGUCGACAAUGUUAGUGGUUCCCGAUGAUAGGUUAAGGUCUUUUGGCUGGUCCAGUAGCAAAAUUUGUACUUCGGUGUAAAAUGGAAGCGCCACUUAGACGGCCGAUAAUGCGUCGGUGUUGUAACAUAUAAAAAUAUUGUGAUAAAAACUUAUAAAAAAAAUAUAUUUCUCUGAUAUUGCGCACCGUACGGCAUCCUCACAAUAUUUGUGUUACACCCCCAGACGUGCUUACUUUGUGACAACAAUGUCCGCGUGAUCAUGCUUACGACAUCUUUGAUUCUAAAUUAAAUAGUUUAAGUUAAUUGUUUUCAUCGACAUUAUGGCAACAUUGCUGUACACUUUAAAUAACAAUAAUUAUGGCCUAUUUCAGAGAAUGUACUUAAUUGAAUAUGUCUUAGACGUGAUCCUUAUAACCAGCUUUUAGUAUUCCAAUGGAACACUUAAUUGGAUGAUUCUGGAUUUUCUGUCUUGGCAUACUAAAACUUGGACAGUCGCACUCAGGGUUCUGUACGUAAAAGCCGCAUAUUUGCCUUUUAUUUUUAUAUGAUGAAGUGUUUAUUUGUAGACUGGCAUCUCGCAGAGGCUAGCUGUUUAGUUUAGUGCGGAACCCUCGGCAAAUUAACGAAUGAUGAGAUUUGUAAGCAAGCUGGCGGGACAGCUCGAUGGUGGUAUGACAAGUAUCCCUAAUCGUUAGUUAUAGACUUAUAUCAUUAUUUUUAAUGUUUAUCAUACGCAACAGUAUUUUUAGGGAGGUAUAAUCUAAAUUUAAGUUUCAUCACGUUCUUAUAAUUGUAUCGCCGUAACGCUAUUAACUGCCCAUUAAUGAUUAUACGAUAUUUGACGGAACUGUGUUGUGUUGGAGUCGGGAGGCGUGUGGCUGUAUGCCGUCGCCGGCGGGCCGCGACGCCACCACAUCUAGUCUGCAUUAAUAUAAGUCUGUAUCACUUCCUUUUAUGAUCUCAAUCGGUACAAUAAACAUUACAAGUCGGAUCGUUAGAUGAUUAGUUAACCAGCGGAAGUGCCUCAGUAUAUUCGGUAUUCGGCUCUCGGAUGAUAUCAAUAAAGUGUAACGUAUAAAACUGCCUUCAUAGCGUUUUAUAUUUUUUUAAUUGUAGAUGGCGAGGGCGCCGGGCCGCGGACGUAACGGUGUGUUGGACACGAACCGCUUCUGUGAUGUUUUUGCUCUAGUGAUAUUAUGUAUCGUAUCGUUCGGUUAGGCACAAAUUAUAUCGACUCGGACGCUGAUGCGUACGCGGAGGCGGUACAACGCGGGACUGUUAAGUGAGAGUAUCCUGUAUUUUAUAGUAUAUUUUUGCCAUUCAUUUAGCGUCGGUCUGUUUUAUCGUCAAAGAUAUGAUAAUAAUUGUAUAUAAUAUUAAGAGAUGAUGUAUGUAGGCUUGGCGCGGCGGCGCGGGGCGGCUGCUUGCUGCUUCUCUAUGUUACUAACGCUGUAUGAGUAAGGGAACUAGGUGUAAGUUACUAGCUUGUUUCUCGGUGAAGAAGUGAAAACCUCUGACCAAUUUGCCUUGGGUAUUGUGUAGCCUUUUAGAUUCUCACGAUCGAGACGAAUCAUGUAUAGCGAUGCAACAUAUAGCUUUCAGAUAAUUAUAUUAUUGUUUUUCGUAAUUUUUGCGUAAUGUUAGUCACUCUCCUAUCUCUUAUUAUGGUGUUAUUAUCGUUAAUUUUUAUAUUUUAUGUGAUUAAUUAUAUUAAUGUGCUUCAGUUUGUGAGGUAUAUGAAAAUUGCUGUUUGAAGUGCAGGCAACUUUUGUAGUUUCAUUGUCGUAUUAAAUAAAGUCAUAAAUACUAAUAAA